AUGAAAGGAGCCACCAUGCGAGCUUUUGUGACAGACGGCAAAGGGAGCGGAUCAAUCCAAAACGUUCCUCGUCCAGUUCCAAGCAGUGGUGAGAUCCUCGUCAAGGUGCACUAUGUUGCCUUGAAUCCUGGAGACUGGAAGCUGGUCGAUGGUGACGUUUUAGAUGGUCCUGCAGCACCCGGUCUCAUAGCUGGUUGUGACUUCGCCGGGACAGUCGAAGAACCGAAUGGUUCGAAAUGGCAAAAAGGCCAACGAGUUGGAGGUUGGGUUCAUGGUGCAACCUACAAGGGUGUUGGUUCUUUUGCUGAAUUUAUCAACAUCGGAGCAACUCUUGUCUUUGCGAUACCUGAAAAUAUUAGCUUGCAGCAGGGAGCGACUAUCUCGCUUGCUUUCGCAACUGCUACGCAGGCAAUGUUUCAACGCAUGAGGCUUCCAGAGCCCUUCCAGCCCAAGGAAAACAAAGUCGACUUCCUUGUAUACGGUGCUUCAACCAGCGUUGGUUUAUAUGCUGUUCAGCUUGGCAGACUCAGCGGUAUUCGAGUUAUUGCAAUCGCCUCGGUCAAGAAUCAUGACCUUCUUAAGAGACUUGGGGCAGAUAUCGCUAUCGACUACCAUGAGGCAGACUGGGUCGACCGCGUCAGAGAUAUCACCAAUGGCGAGUUGAAGUACGCUUUCGAUACUAUCGCAGAUGAAAUCUCUCAAGUAAAGAUGGCAAAUGCUCUUGGGAGAAGGGAAGGAGCUCAUCUGGUGGCUCUAUCUCCUGUCAACAAGUCUUCUAUUGAGGCUAUCAAUCCAUAUGUUAAAGCGGAAUCCAUAAUCGCCUUUACUGUUUUUGGGAGGGAACUCGGCGAGGACUAUGCCAUGUUCGACAACGUCGGGGCGGCAACACCAGACGACAGAGAUACUUGGGAAAAGUAUUUGCAGUUGGUCACCGAUAUGUUAUGGACAGAAGACCUACAGCCAAACCCUGUUAGAGAGGUAGGAACUUUGGAAAAUGUCACUGAGGCUUUUAGACUCAGUAAAGAUGGGAAGUUGUCUGCUGAAAAGGCAGUUCUGAGAGUGGCAGGAGGAGAGUGA